CUCGCCGCGAGCUCGGUGCUGACGCAGCCAAGAGUGCAGGCAGUAAACGAGCGGGCGUUGAUUGGUGGUUAGUCCUCUGACCAACCGCCGCCGCCUGAAACUGAACGGCGCACCGACAGGGGACGGGCCGACACCAACAGCCUACGGCACGGCAGGGAGAAGUGUUAACAUGGUCUAAGGAGUGCCGACUGUGAUACAUUAAGACCUUCUUUCUUUCAUUGCAAAUUAUUCCUGGGUUUUGGCCUGGAUUUCCAGGGAGCAGCUACAUUUCGAGAGCAGAAGCCUUGGACUGUGGAUUAUUUUUUUUUAAACGGCAGUGAGAAAGAGAAGGUGGGGUCGCCAGAAGGAGGGCAGCGCCAAGCGUAGCCCAGCAGCCUGCUUUACCCGGCUGCUUCACUAUCAAUCAGUCUUCGUUUCGCUCGCCGCUGUCUGGAAAUUUUUUUUUUCUUUGUGUCUUGAAUUCUUUAACUGAGUUAUACGGGAAACGUUUUGUUUUUUUUAAAAAAAAAUCAAUCUUCCCAUUGGAGGGAGUUUUUUUUUACUUUGAAUUCCCUCUCAAAAUUCUGAUUUUAAUUAUCGACUAUGGCCGACGACGACGUCCUGUUUGAAGAUGUGUAUGAGCUGUGUGAAGUGAUUGGCAAGGGACCUUUCAGUGUUGUGCGACGCUGUAUCAAUAGAGAAACAGGACAGCAGUUUGCAGUGAAGAUUGUAGAUGUGGCUAAGUUCACCUCCAGUCCUGGCCUGAGUACAGAAGAUUUAAAAAGAGAAGCCAGUAUCUGUCAUAUGCUGAAACAUCCACACAUUGUAGAACUUCUAGAAACAUACAGCUCGGAUGGAAUGCUCUAUAUGGUUUUUGAAUUUAUGGAUGGUGCAGAUCUCUGUUUUGAAAUUGUGAAAAGGGCCGAUGCAGGUUUUGUUUACAGUGAAGCUGUAGCCAGUCACUACAUGCGACAGAUACUAGAAGCACUACGCUAUUGUCAUGACAAUAAUAUCAUUCACCGUGAUGUGAAGCCACAUUGUGUGUUACUUGCUUCGAAGGAAAAUUCAGCACCUGUGAAACUCGGUGGAUUUGGAGUGGCCAUUCAAUUGGGAGAAUCUGGGCUUGUUGCUGGAGGCCGUGUAGGAACGCCACAUUUUAUGGCACCAGAAGUUGUCAAAAGAGAACCGUAUGGAAAGCCAGUCGACGUUUGGGGUUGUGGAGUUAUACUUUUUAUCCUCCUUAGUGGUUGUUUGCCAUUUUAUGGAACAAAGGAAAGAUUGUUUGAUGCCAUUAUUAAGGGAAAACAUAAGAUGAACCCUAGGCAGUGGGUCCAUAUCUCAGAGAGUGCAAAGGAUUUGGUCCGUCGUAUGCUAAUGUUGGAUCCUGCAGAAAGGAUAACUGUUUAUGAAGCACUUAACCAUCCUUGGCUUAAGGAACGAGAUCGUUACGCAUACAAAAUUCACCUCCCAGAAACUGUGGAACAGCUAAGGAAGUUUAAUGCAAGAAGGAAAUUGAAGGGGGCAGUGUUAGCAGCUGUAUCAAGCCACAAGUUCAAUUCCUUCUAUGGAGACCCUCCUGAAGAACUGCCUGAUUUUUCUGAAGACCCCACUUCCUCAGGGGCUGUUUCACAAGUUCUGGAUAGUUUGGAGGAAAUCCAUGCACUAACAGAUUGCAGUGAAAAGGACCUGGAUUUUUUACACAGCGUCUUCCAGGAUCAGCAUCUCCAUACACUACUUGAUCUGUAUGACAAGAUCAACACAAAGUCAUCACCACAGAUUAGGAAUCCACCCAGUGAUGCUGUCCAGAGAGCCAAAGAGGUUUUGGAAGAAAUUUCAUGCUAUCCAGAAAACAGUGAUGCAAAGGAAUUGAAGUGUAUCCUAACACGGCCUCAUUUUAUGGCUUUGCUGCAGACACAUGAUGUUGUGGCACAUGAAGUAUACAGCGAUGAAGCACUGAGAGUUACACCACCACCGACUUCUCCUUAUUUAAAUGGUGAUUCACCAGAAAGUGCGAACGGAGACAUGGACAUGGAAAAUGUAACACGUGUUCGACUAGUUCAGUUCCAGAAAAACACAGAUGAACCUAUGGGCAUCACUUUAAAAAUGAAUGAAUUGAACCAUUGUAUCGUUGCAAGAAUAAUGCAUGGUGGAAUGAUACAUAGACAAGGAACACUCCAUGUUGGUGAUGAAAUCAGAGAAAUAAAUGGCAUCAGUGUAGCUAACCAGACAGUGGAACAGCUUCAAAAGAUGCUUAGGGAAAUGAGAGGAAGUAUCACCUUCAAGAUUGUGCCAAGUUAUCGCACUCAAUCUGCUUCCUGUGAGAGAGAUUCCCCCUCCACAUCCAGACAAUCCCCUGCUAACGGCUAUAGCAGCACUUAUAAUUCUGUUUCGGACUUGCCAUCAACUACACAACCAAAAGGACGACAGAUUUAUGUUCGAGCACAAUUUGAAUAUGAUCCAUCAAAGGAUGACCUUAUACCUUGUAAAGAGGCUGGUAUCCGGUUCCGAGUUGGAGAGAUCAUACAAAUCAUCAGUAAGGAUGACCACAACUGGUGGCAAGGCAAAUUAGAAAACUCUAAAAAUGGUACAGCUGGACUCAUUCCCUCUCCUGAACUCCAGGAAUGGCGUGUUGCAUGUAUAGCAAUGGAAAAGACCAAACAAGAACAGCAGGCUAGCUGUACCUGGUUUGGAAAAAAGAAGAAACAAUACAAGGAUAAAUAUCUGGCCAAGCACAAUGCAGUCUUUGACCAACUAGACCUUGUUACAUAUGAAGAGGUAGUAAAACUGCCAGCCUUCAGAAGGAAGACGCUAGUGUUACUAGGGGCCCAUGGAGUGGGGCGAAGACACAUAAAAAAUACUCUGAUCACAAAGCAUCCGGACAGAUUUGCAUACCCUAUUCCACAUACUACCCGACCUGCCAGAAAAGAUGAAGAAAAUGGUAAAAAUUACCAUUUUGUUUCACAUGAUCAAAUGAUGCAAGAUAUUUCCAAUAAUGAAUAUCUGGAGUAUGGCAGUCAUGAGGAUGCAAUGUAUGGAACAAAGUUGGAAACGAUACGCAAAAUCCAUGAACAAGGACUGAUUGCAAUACUUGAUGUUGAACCCCAGGCUCUAAAGGUUUUGCGAACUGCUGAGUUUGCCCCAUUUGUCGUUUUCAUUGCUGCACCAACCAUUACUCCAGGCAUGACUGAGGAUGAAUCUCUUCAGCGUUUGCAGAAGGAAUCAGAAAUUUUACAGAAAACUUAUGCACACUACUUCGAUCUAACCAUAAUCAACAAUGAAAUAGAUGAGACCAUCAGGCAUCUGGAAGAAGCCAUUGAACUUGUGUGUACCACACCACAGUGGGUCCCUGUAUCCUGGGUAUAUUAAGGACCAGACAGAAAAAUCAUGAACUUUAUCAUUCCCUAGCACCACCUUGACAUUAGACUUUGUAAAUUACCUCGCAUCAAGUCUUACCCCUUAUAGACAGUCUAGGAUUAGUGUGCCCUAAUUUUUUUUUGACUAUUGUCAUGUCCUACUAGAUGGAUGGAGAGAUAAAAAUUACCAAACUCUUACAGUGACAGUGUCCCUUUUUAAAGCUGUGUGAGGCUUGCAAUUGUUAUUAAAAAUUCAGAUCUACAUAUGCUUUCUGAUCUGUAUGGAUCCAAUAAUUCCACAUGGUCCUCAAAACUUAUGCAAACUCUUGUUACCUCCAAUUUUUUCAAGUAAAUUUUAAAUGCCACCAUCCUAUCCAGAUUUAUUUGGAAAAUAUUUUUAAAAUAAUAUAAAUAUAUUUAAUUUAUCAUUAAUGGAGUCCAACAACCUUGCUGGCUAGUUGAAAUUUAAUUUCAUUAUGGUGAUAAAACAUUGCAAGUGCAGAAUAAAAUCUUCUGGUUUAGUCGCCAAUUGAAGAUCAAAAAACAUGAGCACAAGCAUUAAUUGAAGUUUUUGAGUCUGCAAAGUUACAGUAGUCAGAGCGUGAAGUAAAUUUAGAUUUGAUUUUUUUCAUACAUAAACCAAUCAGGGCUAUUAAAGGGAUACCGUCAUUUGCAAUUUAAAGAUGUACAAACAUUUUAGGAUUUGAAUCAGGAUUUACUGCAUGUGGACAGUUACAAGCAUUCAUGCUGUUGGUGUAUCUGUGUUGGAAACUGUAUUCUACAGCAACGUACAUUCCAUUUGUUGGAAAAUUACCCAAGGGAAUUAUUGUUCAAAAAACUGUAAACCUAUGCACAUCUCUUGCAUUGUGGGCAAGUUUAUAAAUGACUGAUUUUUAAUCAUGUAGUGAAAUGUGUUUGUACUUUGUUGCAAUUUAAUUUGUUCUAAGGGGAAGAAUUAAGAGUUUUGCCAUUUCAAAUGUGUGUUGUCUUUGAAUAUAAAUAUUUUAAUUACGUUCCGUCUGGAAAAAAUGGUUUAAUUUUUAUCAUUGAAGUAUAUGUAUUAAAAAUGCACAAAUUUUACUAAAAUAGUGUGCAAAAGAGAAAUAGUUUGUGGUCAGAUAUAAACAGUUUAGGUCACAUCACAACUUCAUUCAAACUGGCUUCAGUGCUUCUGAAGAUAGCAACAAACACAGCAACUGCAAUUGGGCAUUUUUUUAAAAUAUACUUCCUUUUAUGUGGUUUUUUUAUCAUUUUUAUAUUAUACCCUAAAUGUCUUUCUACAAGCUUAUAUUGAACACAUCCAAACCCAGUCAUGUAAAAUUGAAUAGCUGCAAAUAUUGACUUUCAACACAGCUGCCUAAGACAAUAUUGUGUUUCAGUUACAGGACUGUAAGUUCUAUACUUUUGUAACUGGUCCAUGGUAAGACCAGUAUGGUGCUGGCUGUUGGAAACUGAAUAGUACCUCUGAACAUGUAAUAUAAAAAUGAAAAUACUGUGGAAAAAUGUAAACAGAAAUGAAGCACAACUUCACAACUGGAAUUUAUUGAACAUUUUCAUAUUUUCUGGCAAGUCCAUUCAGAUAGAGAGAAAUGGUAUUUUAUAGACCUGUUCCCACCAGGAUUUUAGAGCACAGAGGAAUGAAUUGUUUGCCUUAAGACAUUUUGUAACUUAAUUCCUGCUUUCUUUGAUGUAAUACCAUUCCUAACAGUAUUGAAAGGAUAUUUAGAUAUGUUAUACAUUUCAAAAAUUGCUUAUUGUUUAAUAUUGCAUAAAUGCCGUGAAUGCUUUGAUGAAACACAAUUGGCCAUGGAAAUCUGUAUUAAAGGACAAGUGAUACAGCUGAAAUCCGUGAGUAAUUGAAAAUAUA